AUGAUAACUUUCGGAUCAAACAGUUUGUUAUUAGAUAAUGACAAUCAAUGGCAUCAUUUGGACAGUAAGUUAUCACAAAAAAGAUACAAAACUGCUUUUACUGUUUAUCGAAAAAAAGAUAUUAAACCAAAUCUGAUUUACGGAUUCUUAAGGUCUGAAAAACCAGUGAUCGAUUGGUUUGAAAUAAACGGUGACAACAAUACACUUCACUUAAACCAAAGAAAACUGUUGAAUACAACCAAAUGGGAUAUCACUUUUGGCACAUCAUUUGAUCCAUCAUUUAGUGUGUCGUUGUUUAACUACAUAACUGUUUGCUUUUAUAGUCAACGACAAGAAAAAGACCGAUUUAUAGGUAAAUGGAAAUGUUUUGACUUUUCCAAUAUCCAGACACCACGUGAAGUGACCAAUGAAAUUGUCCAUAAAAUGAAACCCGAAUCAGGAAUUCCACGGUUCAUAUCUAACGGAGUCUACACUGAGCACCGGCUGAUUAUGAUUACUGGUUCCGGUUAUAGCAAUGGUUUUAAUCUAUAUUUUAUUGAAAACUCUAUUAUCAGCUCUUGUCAGACAUCGGAAAAUGGUUUCAAAUCAUUUGCUUGCAAUUCGGGUAUCAAUAAAAAUAUUGAAAUUGAUUGUCGAUUAGAUGCUAAACCAAUGGCCUAUGAAUUUAGCGAAAAUCCGCGCAAAGAAGCUGUUGCUAACAAUAAGUCAUGGCUGCCAUUGAUUAUAGCAAUACUGAUCAUAGGUCUGGUAAUUGUGGCCGUCAUUGCCUUAAUAUCCUAUCUAAUAGGAGUGGCCAGAAGUAAUGGCACCAAAAAGUGUAGUAAAGAUAAUAACCGGUUAACAGUCUCUCGCAAACGAAGUCGUCCGAAGAAGUGA